AAUUGAGACACAGAAGAACCGUCAGCUGGAGACAGACGGAGAAUUAAAAGGAUGGCAACCAAACAAACACCAAACACCUCAUGACUGGAUACCUCUUUCAAAUUUGGACAGGACUUACAAUGGACUUCAAUUCGGACGGACAGCAACGGACGUGAUCGAUAAAUCGAGGAUAAUCGCCGUCUCAUCGACAUUGUUAUGAGGGACCGACUGGCUGAUUUGAAUGCGGGCAGGCAGAAUGCCAGUGAAGAUGUCGCUGUGUCAAUGGAGAGAAAUGACUUCAUGCAGGACUUUUUCAAAAAGGUUGAAGAGGUCAGACGGGUCAUUGAAAAGAUCUCCUCCCUAGUGGAUGAGGUGAAGAAGAAAUAUAGUGUGAUCCUUUCAGCCCCCAAUCCUGAUGAGAAAACAAAAGAAGAACUAGAACAACUCACGGUGGAAAUCAAAAAACAUGCCAACUUUGUCCAGAAAAGCCUCAAAUCAAUGCACCAGAGUCUGCCUUCAGAUGAGCAGGUCAGUCAAGCCUCGGUGGAUGCACGUAUUCAGAAAACACAGUAUACCAAUUUGUCUCGUAAAUUUGUGGAAGUAAUGACGCAAUACAAUGAAGCCCAAGUGUCCUUCAGAGAGAAGAGUAAAAGCAGGAUUCAGAGACAGCUGGAAAUCACUGGAAAAAUCACAACAAACGAGGAACUGGAAGAGAUGCUGGAGACUGGAAACCCUUCCAUUUUCACUUCUGACAUCAUCUCUGACUCUCAGAUAACUCGUCAGGCCCUUAAUGAGAUCGAGUCUAGACAUCAGGAUAUCCUGCGUCUGGAAUCCAGCAUCAAAGAGCUUCAUGACAUGUUCGUGGACAUGGCCAUGCUUGUUGAAACCCAGGGUGAGAUGAUUGACAACAUUGAAAAGAACGUCCACAAUGCUGUCGAAUACGUCGGCCAGGCUAAAGUAGAGACCAAGAAAGCUGUGAGGUACCAGACAAGAGCCCGCAGGAAAUGGGUCUAUGUUGCCGUUUGUGGAGCCGUGUGCAUCAUCAUUCUUCUCCUAAUCAUCAUCACUGCCGUUUAUGUUGAUUAGUCCCCUAUAAUGAAACCAUCUUCCUUGUGACGUUACUGAAAGAAGAAUUAGUUUGUUUGCAUUUAAAAUAGCAUUUAAAAAGUUAUAAUUAAAGUAUGUUUACAAUUUAUUAGUAUUAUUAAACUAACAAUAAAUAAAUAUAUUUCUGUAUUUGUUUAUUAUUCAUUCAGUCAUUUAGUUUUAUUUAUUUUCUUGUACUUGUAUCUUUUUUUUGUAAACACCAUAAUUGCUAUUUUUAUUAUUAUUAUUAUUAUUAUUAUUGUUAUUAUUAUUAUUAUUAUUAUUAUUAUUAUUAUUAUUAUUAUUAUUAUUAUUAUUAUUCUAGGCCUAUGGAACCCACAACGAUUUUAAAUUAAGACUACUAAACACACUAAAAACAUACAAUUUCCCUGUUUUACAAAUUCUAGACUACCACAAGUCUAUUGUAGUAAUAUAUUAGUGCUUUUUCCAACAAGCAGACUUGUGUGCAUCAUCAUUCUUCUCCUAAUCAUCAUCACUACGUCAAUUAGUCACCUACAAUGGAACCAUCUUCCUUUUGACUUUACCGAGGGAAGAAUUAGUUUGUUCUGACUGAAAGUUGAGAUGCUAUCCUGCAGACAAAUCUAGCUUCAUUACCAGUGAAUUGUGUAGAAGAUGGCGCUCCUGUUUAGUCAGAGACUUUUCUCUUUGGCUUUUAUGGUUUGCCAUUUUCACUAUAACAAACAGAGGUGAUUUUCUUGUUAUUUAAUGCUGGUAAGUAGAUUGUGUACAAGGAAUGUUUUGUAAUAUUACAAUAUGGUAUUUCGGUUACUGUGCCUUGGGAGAUCUGACUGAUCGUGUGGAGCUAAAUGCAAUCCAGCAAAGUGCACUUAUGAUGUUAAAAAUAAGAUAUUUUACCGCAGUGAUAUAUUUGUCACUAGUUCAAUGUGGUUUGUUGCACAGUUCACAGUGGUUCCACACAAUAUGAUGUCAGGCUUAUGAACAAUGUUACAGAACGUUUUAAUUGAUGAAUGUUUGUUUUUGUCUCUGAUUGUCUGACAGGAAUGUGUUGUCAAAUGCUCACAGUGUGUAUUGCUAAAUAAAUGUGAGUUGCUCACUGUUCAGAA